AGGGAUUCGAACAACGGCGAAAGUCAUCCAGCAGUCGUUUUCCUACCAAUUAACAUGUGACAAAUCAGCAAAAGGAGUUGGUUUUAGGAGAGGGGGGAGAAGGAGGAGAUCUGUUUGUUUUCGUGGACUUCCGUGCUGCUGGCCCUUUAAGACUCUCGUCGUUGCUUUGGCGACAGUAAAAGUCCGGAAGUGAAGCCGAGCAUCUUUGACGUGUAAAAACCAGCUGUUGAAACAUUUUUUUAAUCUAACUUUUAAUCCGUAUUCUUCCUUUAACUCUGAAGAUUCUCGGGCAGAAGAAGUAAUGCACACGAACCUGAGCCUCCCCAUGGUGGAGAGGAAACCCUGAUCCACAGAACCAGGUCACACUCUUUCUCCACAUCUGGUCUGCCCCAGGAACGUCCAUCAGCUGCUGCAGCUCUGGAGAUCAUGUGCCCCUCAUCCUGGCUCUUGUUAGAGUCAGAAUAGCUAUCUCUGUCUGCUGGAUACCAUGAAGAUGAACGAUAGCACUGAUGGAAGAGAGCCGGUGAGCUGCACCGUCAAACCUCCGGUCCAGCUGCACAUCAGAGACUCUAAAGCAGAACCAGUUCCAUCAGGUGUCUGUGUGGUCGAUGUCACCCCCCACUCAGGGAAACCCAUCAGUAUUGAAGACAUCACCUUUAAGAACUUCUACACGGCCUACCUGACGGUCCGGCUGCUGAGGAGGAGCUCUGCACUGGAAGGACCUGCUAAGUGGUGCACUGCUGUGAAGGACCUGCCUCUGAUGGACAACCCCCACACUGAGGGGGGGUCCCAGGACUACUUCUCCAUCCACAGGACUCAGAUGCAGAUGGAACCGGAUCAUGUGGUGUCUGUAAGACUGAUCCUGAGACAGCCGUCCUCUGCCUGGCUGACCUUUAACCUGGAAGAAAUCCAAAUAUUCCCACACAUGGAACCAGACACAAAGAAGGAGGCUUCUGAUUGGUUGUCUGACUUGAUCCUCGUGGAUGAACAUCCUGAUCUGGAGAGUCUCCCAGACCCACAGACCGUCUCCUCCAGCAUCCAGCAGAUGUGGGCUCUGACUGAGGUGAUGCAGACCAACCAGACCACCGUCUCCAUCGGACGCUUCGACGUGGGUGGAAGCUACGAUAUCAACCUCCUGUCUCUGACCUGAUGUGACCUUGAACUGGAUUUUUGUGUUCCACCAUCAGGACCAUCCUAGAGCCCACUAUCACCUCAUAUCAAAAUGUUUGUUUAUAAAUGAGUUUUAAAGCAAUUAUUCGGAGAACAUCCGGGACUGCUUCACAGUUUCUCCUCGGCCUGCAGAGACUUUCUAACUGUAGAAGGUGGAUCAGAGUCUAGAGGUCUGUGAUGUCAGCAAGAGGUGACCGUCUGUCUGCUGUGUGUAAUACUUGCUGUGGACACACGGGGGCAGCAGAGAUAUUUGAGUUGAUUCCUGGUUGAUUCUACGACGAAGAACAGAAACAGGUUUAACAUCUGAGGCCCUGUCCACACGUAGCCGGGGAUCUGCCAAAACGUAGAUAUUUUUCUAGGUUUUGGCCUGUCAUCCACACGAAAACGGAGUUUUUUCACACGAAAACGGAUCUUUUUAAAAACUCCGGCCAAAGUGAAGAUCUGCGUUUUCUCCGUUUUGGGUGUCUGCGUGUGGACGGACAAAACCGGAGUUUUAAGGUCCGCAACGUCACUUUCCGCGACAAAAAAAUGCUGACGUCACGUGUGCGACCUGUGUUUACACUAGCCGGCAACAUGGAAGCCUUCAGAGCUGCGCUCUGUCACUACCCGAUCCAUCAAUUGUCCAAGCGCUUUCUGCUUGUUUGUUUUUACAAGCGGAAUUACUGCUCCUUGCGGAAGACCACAGACGAAGGACGAGGUUAAGAACGGGGGAAGUACUGCCGCCUACAGGUCUGGCAUGUCCUUAACAACGUAUUUAUCUGGGUACGUGUGGACAGAGUUUGUUUUUAAAACGCGGUGGUGUGGAUGCAAGUUUUUGGAGGGGCGGAUAUUCGUUUUCAGAAAACCCCGGCUACGUGUGGACUAGGCCUGAGAUAAACACAAAGAUCACUGGGCUCUGAUUACUGAUUUAUGCAUCAUUGUUCUGUAAACAUUUCAGCUUUAAUUUAUUCAUUUAAUCACAUUUCUGUUUGAAAAACUCAAUUAAGGCUUGACCAUAUUCAGAUUAGGUGACUUAGAUAUUUAGAACGUUUGAACCAACGUGGGACUAACAAACACGGGGAGUAGUAAGUGUGGAUUUUAACAUCCAGGGUGUCUUUGCCUCAGAGUCCUGGUGGAACCAUCUAGAGAACACAGAGUAGACUCCUGUAGAAUUUUUAUUUACUGUUUUGGUUUGUUGUGGGAUUUUGUCAUUAGUGAGUUAAAUAAAGCAAUGAGCAAUAGUC